GCAUCACGUUUAAUAGUGCAUGAACUUGAAAGCGAAUUAUGAAAGAAAUAUUACCCGACGAUCCAACGGAAAAGCUGUUGACGCUAAUCGACCAUGUCGUGCAAGUGCCUCGAGACAAGAGCUCCGACAUGCUAGGAAUCUAUUUACGACAAGGACUGACAUCGUUGAGCUUCAUAUCGGUGAGCGUCCUCAUAGGACUGGCGUACGGUCACAGCGCCGUUCUACUCGAUCAGUUGAACCCUUUGGCUCACAAUGGCACCCAAUUGACGAGAAUCGAAAAUGGCAUAAUAUUUGGCAAAGCAGACAUAACCAUCGACGCACUGGAAACACAGUCCUGGAUUGCAUCGGUCAUGGUCCUUUUCAUGUGCCCUGGUGGCUGGGUCGUAGCCAUCGGGAGUAAGAAAGUCGGCCGAAAGACAAUUUUGUGCGCUUCAGUGGCCCUGUUCACAGCAGCCUGGAUUUUGAUAGCCUUUGCAAACGACGUCUACCAUAUCAUAAUCGGCAGAAGCAUGAGCGGCUUGUGCAUCGGCGUACAAGCUGGCUUGAUGGCCGUGUACCAAGGAGAGUGCUCCCUACCAAAGUUCCGGACGACCUUGAACGUAGCUUUGGCCACGUUUUUUUGCAUUGGUAUGGAAGUGAGCCACGCCCUGGGUAUAUGGCUCCACUGGCGAACCAUAGCACUGUUGAGCAGCCAGUUUGGACUGAUUACGCUGUUUCUUAACUACAAAAUACCGGAGAGCCCGAUAUGGCUGCUCAACAACAACAGGAUGAGGAAGGCCAUCGACGCGUGGAUGUUCUUUCGAGGUGACGGGGAAUUCGAAGAGCUGAGGUCAAUGUACAACGGCAAACCGAUUACGAUUUGUGAGGACAAAGGGCAAGAUACCAAGGGGAAAAAUACAUUUUGCACCCAAAGUUUUUUGAAGCCCUUGAGGAUAGUGGCCAUCAUUUUUACGGUUACGGAAGUUAGUGGUAUGGGAGCCGUUACUUUUUACUGUAUACAGAUAUUCAGUGACAUACUGGGGCCGAAAAAUGCUUACAUUCCCACUCUGAUUUUGGACUCGAUUCGUUUAUUCUUCGCAAUCAUGUUGUCGAUUUGCAGUAGACGAUUCAGUUCCAGGGCCCUCAUUCUUUUUUCAGCCUUCAGCUGCUCGACUUGUCUGAUAUUGUUGUGCGUGUCUCUUUUCUUUGAAAUCGGUACUCCUUGGUCGGCGCUAAUCUUGUUGCUAUCUUUCGAGUCGUCCGUUAUCAUGGGACUGGGGCCUUUGCCGUGGACAUUUUGUGGGGAACUGUUUCCAGUUGCCAGCAAAGAAAUGGGACUAGGUAUCGUGGCGAGUUACAAUUACGCACUUUGUUUCAUCGUCGUCAAAAUGAAUCCUCAACUGCUUGUUUUGCUCAAGCCGUGGGGCACUUUUCUAUUGUAUGGGAUCCUUACGUUUGUCGGCUCGAUUAUUUUAUAUUUCGUUGUACCCAAUACCAAAGGUAAAUCUCUUAAAGAAAUAGAGUUGAUGUUUUCUAGUCAUUCGUAGUACUUAAAAGCUUUACUACGAGUAUGUAACAUACGUUAUUAACGACUCUUUUUAUGUCAAUUGUCUAUAAAUAAUCAACAAUAGUAAAUCAUUCAAAUUAAUAAUGAUAAUAAUAAUAAUAAUAAUUUUUCUAACGAUACUUUUAAUAAACAUGAUGUUUGCGCGGCACAAUGACUCACAGUAGAUUUUUUUUAAACGCUUCAAGUUUGUAGUACUAAUUAAUAUAUCAUUAAGAAUUUUAAAUAAAUCACAAAUAAUCUAUGAAAUAUUUAAGACUAAUGUUAGCCCGUGUGGAUGUAAUGGUAGGCAGACGGGCUUGCUUAAGUACUGGAUUCUCUUUAAUCUUGUCAUAAAUCCAGGAAGUCCGUGAAAUCGAAGCGUUCUCAGUGUAAAUUUCAAUUGUCCCUACUGCAUUUCGACCUCCUUAACAUUUUUACUUAAUCAGCACUUAAAUCAUUUUUAAUACUUUCAGUUGAUAUUGAUGCAGAUACGCUAACUUCGUUUAAAUCCAAUUUGUUGUCAAAUAACUGUAAUAGGAGAAAACAAUAUGUAAUAAAGCAUAUUAUGUCAGCUAACUUUUGCCCUUUUUGUAACCACUACCAUUUUUUGUACAGCAUUUUCUAUAGAAAAAAAGGGAAUGUGAUUUAAAGGCAUGGAAGUUGUGAAUUAUUUAAUAUGCGACAGAGUUACAUAAAUUAAAAAAAUAUUCAAGGACAGGACACG